GAAGACAUCAUUGGAUUAACACUAAAAAAAGCCAUACUUUCUGAAGAUAAUGGAUACCUUCAAUAAUGAGCUCUCUUUCUUGUUCUUAUCAGCAUCUCUGUUUCUUCCAUUGCUCUUCUUCUUCGUUCUCUCCAAAUCAUUCUCAUCCAAAUCCACUAGUAAAAUCCCAACAUCAUACCCUCUGGUCGGUUCCUACUUUUCACUUUUGAAAAACAGAGACCGCCGGGUUCAAUGGCUUUCCGAUGCCGUCAACAGCUCCCCCAAUCUGACCUUCACUCUAAACCGCCCUGGGUUCUCCCUAGUUUCCACUGCAAACCCCUCAAAUGUGCAGCAUAUCCUCAAGACCCGUUUCUCUACUUACCCGAAAGGGAAUUUUUCGCAAGCCAAUUUAGCUGAUUUUCUCGGCGACGGAAUCUUCAACGUCGACGGAGAGAAGUGGAAGUUCCAGAGGAAGGUCGCGAGCCACGAGUUCAACACGAACUCCCUCCGGAAUUUCGUCGAGACCGUCGUCGAUACAGAGCUCUCCGACCGGUUGAUUCCCAUUCUGUCCUCUGCUGCUCGGGAAAAAACGGUUCUUGAUUUUCAGGACAUUCUUCAAAGAUUCGCUUUUGAUAAUAUCUGCAAGAUAUCUUUCGGGUAUGAUCCCGGGUAUCUCUUGCCGUCUUUACCGGAGACGAGAUUCGCUGUGGCAUUCGAAGAAGCUGUUAUGAUCAGCAGCGCAAGAUUUGAAGCGAUUACCCCUCUGCUCUGGAAAUUGAAGCGCUUUUUAAACAUUGGGUCCGAGCGGAAGCUCCGGAUUGCGGUGAAAGAUGUGCGGGAGUUCGCGAAGAAGAUCGUUAAGGAAAAGAAGAAGGAGCUGGACGAGAAGUCAACUCUGGACUCUGUUGACCUUCUGUCCCGAUUCUUGAGCUCCGGCCACUCGGAGGAGAGCUUCGUGACAGAUAUCGUCAUAAGCUUCAUACUCGCCGGCCGGGACACGACGUCCGCCGCUUUGACUUGGUUUUUCUGGUUGGUUUCCCGGCAUCCGGAAGUUGAGGAAGAAAUUUUGAAGGAGGGGAGGUCGACGUCUGAGGAGACGGUGUACGAGGAGGUGAAAGACAUGGUUUACACACAGGCCGCCCUUUGUGAGACGAUGAGGCUUUACCCGCCGGUCCCGGUGGACUCAAAGUCGGCCGCGGAGGAUGACGUUUUGCCGGACGGGACAGCCGUGAAGAAGGGGUGGAGGGUGGGUUACAAUCCGUACGCGAUGGGGAGGGCGGAGGAGCUAUGGGGUAAGGACUGGGCAGAGUUCCGCCCUGAGCGGUGGCUGAAGAGGGACGAAGGCGGGAAUUUGAGCUUCAUGGGGAAAGACCCGUAUGUAUAUCCGGUGUUUCAAGCAGGGCCGAGGGUUUGUUUGGGGAAAGAAAUGGCUUUCUUGCAAAUGAAGAGGGUUGUCGCCGGCGUUUUGAGGCAGUUCAAGGUGGUGCCGGUGGCAGAGAAAGGCGUCGACCCCGUCUUCAUAUCAUAUCUGACCUCAAAGAUGAAGGGCGGUUUUCCGGUAAUGAUUGAGGAGAGGUCCACUGCACCUUAAUACGGAGUACUAAUUUGAUUUGAUAUGUUAAACCGCUUCUACCUAUGUUUUUCACGCUUUUUGUGUGUUUUAUUAAAGUAUUAGUAUAACCAUUUUCGGUAUGUUUUUUGUUUUAUUUGGACCUAGCUGCAUAAUUCCAGAAACAACUAUAUGAGUAGGACGAAAA